AUGUCUACCACAGAGUCUACGCCUGAGCAGCGGUUGCCCCAGGAAUGCCCGAAAAUUAUGUUGCAGUUACCUUUGGAAGUUUUUGAUGAAAUUUUUAGGCACCUCAAGUUCGACAAACGUUCUUUGUACUCUUGUCUCUUGGUAAAUAGAUUUUGGUGUCGGAAGGUUGUACCGUUGAUAUGGAGGCGACCAAUGCCUUACAAUCAGAAGAAGAAUGGUAAUCACGUUGAUGUCGGUGUGUUCAUUCCAUUCUUUAACGAGGAAGAAAGGAAAGGAUUGAUGGAGAGCGGUAUAACGAUUCCCGAUCGUCCUUGCCCAUUUUUCAAUUAUGCUCAAUUUUUACACAUUCUCGACAUCGAGGGAAUCGAGAAGGCGGCGAAAGAUUGGUUGGCGAGGAUCGCAAGGGAGAAAGCUCAACUGCACGAGAUAUGCGCGGAUGAGGACAGGCGUGAUGAAAGCCCACCUGACGCGGGGGUAAGUGUGAGUGCCGCCGAUAGGUCGCCCGAAAUUUCCACCACCAAUGCCUUGGUGGCGUCCUUGUUGAAGAUGUUCAUGAGAUGUGCAAUUAACCUCAAGUAUUUGGUGUUGAAUCCAUUUGGCGGCUAUCGAGAUAUUCCGGAUAGUAGGAUUUUUAUCGAGGGUCGACCCGGGCUAACGAAUUUACGUAAAUUUAAGAUACGAUUUAAUUCACUGUCGGUCAUCCGACCGGAACAUCGAAAAAACAUAUUUGAACUUUUGAACGCUCUUCCGGGUAUUUGCACCGGAAUUCAUCAUUUGGACAUAACGAGGGUCAGGGUCUCCAAUCCCGAUGUGGCCCGCAUGGUGGGAGGAGUGAUCAGGUCUCAACAACAACUGUUCUAUUGUCGAUUCUUUAGAAUCGACGGGGACGUUGACUCCUUAAUAUCGGAGCUGAGGUUCCAAGUGAAUAAUUUGAUCACGGUGGUGUUCGAUGACACAGAUUUGGACGGGGUGUCCCUUGAGCCCUUGGCACAAUGCGCAAAAUUGGAGGCCCUGAUAUUUCGUAGAUGUCGAAAUGUCGACCUCGGAAGAUGGCGAAGUUUGGUCAAUGCCCCCUUUAAACUUAAACUGUUGCACCUGAGCGAUCUCUCGCUCGACGUCACCAAAGCCAUAAUCGAGAAGGCGAGUGACAAUCUGGAAAAGAUCGGGAUGAAGAUUGUUCCUUCGAAUGUUGAAGGAUUGGAAACGAUCAUGAACAAUUGUCCAAAUGUCACGCAUUUCUCGAUAAGUUUUGUGCAAACUCAGAUUGACAUUAAUAAAGUUGUUCCGCUGAUAGACAAACUUCAGUCACUCACCCACCUCACAAUUUCGCUGUGGGGGCAGAAGAACGGAGCUUACGAUUUUUUAAUAGAAUUAUCAAAAAUUAACUUUCGGAAAUUGCAAUAUUUAGAAUUGGCCUUGCCAUUUAGUGCCGAGGGUCUAAAAAUUUUCUUGGAAAAUUGUAGAUCACCUCUAACGACACUCAUCAUAGAAUUGAUCAACGAGGAAGAUUUAGAGAUAUUCAAGAAAUUUUCGAGGGAGCGAGGGACACUGAAGUGGUUAGGAGUGGAGUACAGCAAACCUGGGGAAACCCAGAUGAGCCAUUACGACUUUUUGAGAAAGAUCACAAGUCUGGCCGAAGGCAUUUCAUUCAUAAAAUAA